CCCCGUCAAACGGCUUCCCGCUGUACAGAGCUACGCACACUGCUGCUGCUCCCCACACACAAAACAGAGACAAAGACACUAAGAAGAACUCACGAGAGAGAGAGAUAGAGAGAAAGAGUCAGAGAGAAAGAGCGAGAGCGAGAGAGAGGCGGGUGGAUGGCUUGAAGGUGGGUGUCACUGCGGGUGCGGGACGCUGGUGUUUCCUCCAAAGCGCGGAACAGCACCUGGACAGUGGCCACAGGCAGACACACGCGUGCUCUCACACGCGCGCUCCCACACACGCACACGCAAGCACGAGAGGACGGGCAGGAGUGCCGGAACAUACUCCGGAGGCUUAGUGGAGCCAGAAGCCUGCCCGCUCUGCAAUCAGCCUCGCGCACUUCGCCACCUGUUUCUCCACAGUGCGGGCUCGGAGCGGACCCCCCAUGGCGGACGAGGAGUGCCGGUCUCCCAUUGGCCUGGACUGCUGCAGCUGCUGCCUGGACCUGGCAAACGGCUGCGACGCAGUGCCCGGCCGCCCGGGCCUCAAUGCCAUGGGCAGCCCCACCGUCACCCACUUUCGGCAGCUCCGGGACCAGCUGAUGUUCCCGAACCUCAACACGGACAAGCUGAACAACAUCAUGCGGCAGGACUCCCUGGAGUCGGUGGUGCGGGACCCCUGCUUCCUACUCAACGAGGGCAUCUGCAACAGCAACAUCGACCAGACCAUGCUGUCCAUUCUGCUCUUCUUCCACAGUGCCUCUGGUGCUAGCGUUGUGGCGAUUGACAACAAGAUCGAGCAGGCAAUGGAUCUUGUGAAGAACCACCUGAUGUACGCAGUCCGGGAGGAGGUGGAGAUUCUGAAAGAGCAAAUCAAGGAGCUGGCGGAGAAGAACAACCAGCUGGAGCGGGAGAACAGCCUGCUGAAGAACCUGGCCAGCCCAGAGCAGCUGGAGAAGUUCCAGUCCCGUCUGCCUCCGGAUGAGGCCCAGCUCGCGCAGAGCCAGCCGGUGGACUCGCCUGACCAGGACAUCCUGCGCUGCGCCGGCUCCGCCGUGUGAGUGGCUCUGUCUUGGGGCGGGCAGAGCCACAGGCCUCAUCUGAGAUAGGCCCAAAACCGUGUCGAUGCACAUCUUCUACGAAGCUGGCUGUACAGACGAGAGAGAGAAAAAAAAACGAAAGCAAAGACUUUCAUAACGGCCCAGCCUGUUUUCUGUGUAAUCUUAAGAUGAAUGUGUAAAAGAGGGCACUCAACACGCCAGAGAAUGGUUGUGUUCGGACAGGGGAGAACCCCCCCAGUACCAGGGGCUGACCCUCAGUCUUCUCAACCUCCCCCCCUGCUCCCCUCAUGACGAAGAGGAGAGGGUCAUGUGACAGGGCUGGCCCAGCGUCCUGACCCAGGGUGUGCCUGAAUGGCACCGUCCAAUGCUUGGCAGAUGCGCGCCAAGUAAAAAAGAAAGCUCCAGAGACUUUGAGAAAGACAGAGAAAGGGGGAGGGAGGGAAGAACGUCCACCCUGUCUCUCACAAGAGCCCUGUGGAUUUCUCGCUUCUGAAGCGCGGCAGUUUGGAAGUCCAAAAAAAAAAGAAAAAGUUGCGUCCAUACAGAACAGUUCCCUCCUCAGCCUUCAUCUUUCUUUUUUUUUUCUCUUAAUUUUUGUUUUGUUUUAGUUUUUGCUUUUGAUUCACAAAACCAAGAAAAGCGAAAACUCCUGGUAUGGAGGAUCCAGGUGCGGGACUCUUGAACAAGGCUGAUCUGCUCACUGCGUCACUGAUUACUGUGCGAUUCAUUAUAGAUCACGUUGCUUGUGUACUCUGCAGUCGGGGUCAUGCUGCUUAUGGGGGAAUCGAUUAAAGUCCUGCUCUUUUACCUUUGUUUUGUGAAACAGAGCAAAGUUUUAUAUAUAUUUUUGAUUUGUCGGUAGGAGCAUUCUAACUGCCAUGAGAUGAAUAAUGCCGAAGAAAUCCAUACAAAUUUGCAUAGCUCUGUAAAUUUGUACAUAGCAUAAAGUGAAGUAUGUGGAAUUGCAUCAGUGGAUAAAUGCAACUGAUGGAUUUUUUCUUUUUUUUUUUGCGGCAAGUGCACUCCCAGUAUAAGACUGAUCUGCUGUUUUUAUGCCAUAGAACUGUUGACACCGAACUUGGACUCCUAAAAAAGCAAGAGAAAGGUGUCAGACUGUUAUCCGCAAAUAGGGACACAUUUUCAACCUGAAAGAUGUGUUUUUCUAGCUACCAAAGACUUGCAUCAUAUACUCAGAAAUCAACCUGGACCAUGUGUUAAACUCACAGGGAGAAGUCUUGUUAGCAGUUGUAAUUACAAAAACAAGGGGUAUUGUUGCUGUAUUGUGUCCAUGAAGAUAGGACUGCGGGUAUUCACAAAGAUGUAUGGAUACAAAAUGCACAUUGCAAUAAACCUUAUGUUUACACAAA